UAUAAGAGUCAGUCAAAAGAGCCCUGAAGAUUAUUUGUACCCCGCAGGAAAGCCUGAAGGCAAACAGGCGACAGCACUUAAAUGGGUGUGGCUCAUGGAGCUGAGGUGUCCAGUUUACUGACCAAUCAGCUCGCAAAAGUGUCUAUACCUGACGGCUUAUCUUACAGAGCUGUGACAUAGGAGCCUACAGACUGGAUCAGUGUGUUUUCUACUUGUGCGACUAUUUGGCUGAAGGAGGACACAGAUAUGUCGCGCCAGCGGACUGUAAGACUGAAUUAUGACCAAACUACCUGUGUUUUGUAUGUGCUCGGCACCAGGCUGAACCUCAGUGUGGACAGGAGCGCCCCUCCCCUCUCCAAGUUCUAUUCUGUGAAGUGCACGCCCAAUGUGGAGUACAGCCUCACCCCACCUCCGGAGGAGACCGACCACCUCUCCCCCAUCCCUCUCAAAGGGAACUCGGUGUUGCUCAUUACCAUGAAGAGCGCCAGCCUUCAUGAGAAUGACAACAAGCUGUCAGUCCGCUACUAUGACGAGGAUAAAAAGGUUGUGGGGAAAGCCGUUCUGUACCUGACUGCCAUUGAGAUCUCUCUGGAUGUUGACGCUGACCGAGAUGGUGUUGUAGAGAGCAACAACCCGAAUAAGGACUCAUGGAAAUGGGGUCCAGACGGGCAUGGUGCCAUUGUGCUGGUCAAUUGUGACUCGGAGCGCUCCUAUUGGAAGAGUCCUGAUCUAGAGAGGAACUUCAUCGUCGAAACCUCAGAUUUGACCGACAUGUCGCACAUGGUUCUGCGGACCCGUGGUCCCUCAUCUCUGCCCGAAGGCUACAAACUCACCCUCCACAUGUGCCAGAGUGACGCUGAGAGUGUCAGAGUGUACAGGUCCAGGGUAGCGAACUCUGACAAUCACAGCAUGUCCCAAAACGUACUUGACUACCCGUUGGUGCUGAGCAGCAGGACUCUUUCUAAGGAGGUUCCAUACCUUGGAGGUACCUCAAAUAUGGAUUUCUAUGUGGAAGGUCUGAAAUUCCCGGAUAAAGACUUCGACGGUCUUGUCAGCAUCAACCUCAGCGUGUUGGAGCCCAUUUCUGAUGCUAUUCCUGAGACGCCCAUUUUCACUGACAAAGUGGUUUUCCGAGUUGCUCCGUGGAUCAUGACACCAAACACCCUGGAGCCCAACGAGGUUUACGUCUGCAGCACGAAAGAUAACUACGCCUUCCUGAAAGAGAUGAAGGCACUGGUUGAGAAUAGUGGACAAAAGCUGAAGAUUUGUUAUCAGUACCAGAACAGAGGGGAUCGCUGGAUCCAGGAUGAGAUGGAGUUUGGUUACAUUCAAGCUCCUCACCAUCAGUUCCCGGUUGUGCUGGAUUCCCCUCGAGAUGGAAAACUCAUGGACUUCCCAUUCAAUGAGCUGCUGGGUCCAGACUUUGGAUAUGUGACCAGAGAGGCCAAAAGGAAGGAUGUCAACAGUCUGGACUCAUUUGGGAAUCUGGAGGUGAGUCCUCCUGUGACGGUGAACGGCAAAAGCUACCCGCUGGGCAGAAUCAUCAUCGGAGUGGCCUUUCCUACGGCAGCAAAAGGCCGGAACAUGACCAAAGUAGUCCAGGACUUCCUGUGGGCUCAGAAGGUACAGGAACCCAUCGCCCUGUACUCUGACUGGCUGUUUGUUGGCCAUGUUGAUGAGUUCAUGACGUUUGUUCCCGCUCCGGACAGAAAGGGUUUUCGCCUCCUGCUGGCAAGUCCGGACGCUGCCUACAAAGUGUUCCGAGGUCUCCAGAACAGCGGCCAUGGACAAGCUAAGCUCUUUGAAGGGAAAGGCAAAAAGGAGAUUACUGUGGACGUCUUGCUCAAAGACGAGCAACUUCAGUCGCACAACAGCUACGUACAGAACUGCAUCGACUGGAACAGAGACGUGCUGAAGAGAGAACUGGGUCUGGACGAUGACGACAUCAUCGACCUGCCAAUCCUCUUCAAGUUAUUGAAGAGCAGAGAGGAGAUCAGAGCCGUGGCUUACUACCCUGACAUGGUAAACAUGAUUGUACUGGGGAAAAACCUUGGUAUCCCCAAACCUUUUGGGCCGAAGGUGAACGGGCAGUGUGCUUUGGAGGCUGAAAUGUGUUGCCUGAUGGGAGGUCUGGGUCUCAACUGCACUUUCAUUGAUGACUUCGCUUCCUACCACGAACUCCUGGGUGAAGUCCACUGUGGCUCCAACGUCCGCAGGAAGCCGUUUAAUGUAAAAUGGUGGAACCUGGAGAUGUGAAUUGAAACUGGAAUCAUUCCUUUCAAAACUCUCCCCUAAAUUUUACCCAACCAAUAUGAGGCAUCGCCAUGAAAUAUACACAAAGCUUUCAGAGGAAGAUUUUCAGAUACAACUUACGGACAGCUAAGUGAGAGAAAUGUUGCAGUUCUUUCUCAAAAAAUAGUCAACAGUAGCCAUCUUGUAUCGCAAAUUAGGCUUGGUGAAGUCUGUGAUAAUGGACAUCAAUCAUUGGAUUAUGUACUUUCAAAUGCAGCUCAAAAAUGGUACGUUUUACUUACAAUGAUUUCUUACAAACUGAAAACCUGCGCGACUCCACAUGCGGUCUGCUGCUCGUAUCCACGUUCUGUACUCCAGUGCCUCGACUGGGAAAUCAAGGUCAGUUUAUCAGCAGCAAAAGUAGCAGGAAACCAGCAGGAAAACUACGCUCAGAUCUUCACCAUGGUGGUAGAGAAGCUCCUUAGUCAGAGUCAAAAAAAAAAAAAAGUGCUGGCCUUCACUAAAAUACUGUAUAUCAGUCUUUAAAAUGUCUUUAAACCUCAAAGAGUUAAGUAAUAUUUUAAGGAAUGGUAACACACAUUUCAUUAGUUAUGUACAAGACAUUGAGCAUUUCAGACUAAAAUACUGUAUAUCAGUCUUUAAAAUGUCUUUAAACCUCAAAGAGUUAAGUAAUAUUUUAAGGAAUGGUAACACACAUUUCAUUAGUUAUGUACAAGACAUUGAGCAUUUCAGAGGUGCUUUUAGAAAACAAUGUGAAGAUUUUAUUAAACAUAUCUGUUCACUUAAUUUACAAAACAAAUGAUGAAAAGCCAUAUAUACAAACAAACGAACAAGGGCACUAGCAGAACAGAAAUACAAUCAUUUCAUUUGAGCACAAACAAGUUUCCAGUCCGGCUGACGACCGGCAGUUCCACGGAAGGUGAUGUGCUACAAACCCACGAGAGGGCGCACUUGUACCAUGAACGAAUUUGAUUGAGCCUUUCUACUGGACUCAAAAGUAUCUAGGACUCAACGAUGUUUUCUAAGAAGCCAUGUUGACAGUCGGGGCAAAGAAAGAACCUUCUCUAAACCUUUUGUAUCUGUAACACUUCAUCAAUAAACAACAGUGUU